UCUAUACUUUUCUUUCUAUUAUUGAUCAGCAACCGAGUCAUCCUAAAUCGGUAACAGCUCAGAUUCAAUUAUUCAUCCAUCAGUGCCCGGACUUUCCCCUACUUGCUUUCCUUGCUGUCGGUCUAAUACGUGCCUGUUCCUUCCAUUGCCUUCGAGACCCCCUACGCUUGGGCACCGCCUGCGCGUUCGAUAAUACUUGAACCUCUUGCCAAGCUGUGGUAGACAGGCUGCAACCCACAGUUCUUUCUCUUCGAUCCUGUAACAAGUUCCGUGCAUCUUGUGAGAUUCACGAUGUCGGCGUAUCCCGUUGCCUACAAUGGCACGGGUGCAACGGGUGGUGAUUCCCUGACGGAAGACCUCAACAUUUAUUAUAGUUCCGGGGACAUUGCUUGGGUGAUUACCUCCACUGCCCUGGUGCUAUUGAUGAUUCCGGGUGUCGGCUUCUUCUAUUCCGGUCUUGCUCGACGCAAGUCAGCUCUGUCGCUGAUCUGGCUCUCGAUAAUGUCGGUCGGGGUGGUAUCUUUCCAAUGGUUCUUCUGGGGGUAUUCGCUAGCCUUCUCCCACACUGCUGGAAGUUAUAUUGGAGACUUGCAGAACUUCGGUAUGAAGGGUGUGCUGGGAGCUCCUUCCGUGGGCAGCACUAAAGUUCCGGAUCUUCUGUUCGCCGUCUUCCAGGGAAUGUUCGCAGCUAUUACGGUGGCCCUUGCAGUCGGUGCCGUCGCUGAGCGCGGUCGCAUGCUUCCUUGCAUGGUCUUCAGCUUUGUCUGGACCACCAUCAUCUACGAUCCCCUUGCCUGUUGGACAUGGAACGCGUCCGGUUGGGUGUUCAAGCUAGGAGGUCUCGACUUCGCCGGUGGUACUCCCGUCCACAUUGCCUCCGGCUCUGCCGCUCUUGCCUACUCUCUCAUGCUCGGAAAGCGUCGUGGCCAUGGAACGCACGAGCUCAACUACCGCCCUCACAAUGUCACCCAUGUUGUCAUCGGCACAGUCUUCCUCUGGGUUGGAUGGUUCGGUUUCAAUGCAGGCUCCGCUCUGGCUGCCAACCUGCGCGCCGUGAUGGCGGCCGUUGUCACCAAUCUGGCUGCAUCGGUGGGCGGCGUCACCUGGUGUCUCCUGGACUACCGACUUGAGAGGAAAUGGUCUAUGGUUGGAUUCUGCUCCGGUGCCAUUGCCGGUUUGGUUGCCAUCACUCCAGGCUCCGGCUUCGUCACACCUUGGGCGGCCUUCAUUUUCGGCGUGGUCGGUGCUGUUGCCUGCAACUACGCCACCAAGCUGAAAUAUGUGAUCCAAAUUGAUGACAGCCUGGACAUCUUCGCUGUCCACGGUAUUGGCGGCCUUGUUGGCAACCUUUUAACCGGAAUCUUUGCGGCUGACUACAUUGCUCAUCUCGAUGGCUCCACCGUCAUCGACGGUGGAUGGAUCAACCACAACUACGUCCAGCUCGGCUACCAGCUCGCCGACUCUGUCUCCGGCAUGGCCUACUCCUUCUUCGGCAGCUGCAUCAUUCUUUUCCUGAUCAACCUGAUCCCUGGUCUCCACCUGCGCAUCUCCGAGGAAGAUGAGAUCCUGGGUACUGAUGACGCCGAGAUCGGUGAAUUUGCCUACGACUAUGUCGAGAUCACCCGCGACGUCAUCGCCGGCACCAGCCCCGAGCACGCCGAGAGCUCUUCCAAGCGCAGCAUCACGCCCGCCGGCAACGAGGAGUCGGUAGAACUGAAGGCGUAAAUGGUGACUGGACCAGUUACUUCUCGGACAGGGUGAAACCACCACUCUACCUAAUUUUUCUUUUUUUUUUUCUGGACUAUAUCCCUUUUCUUUUUCUCAGG